CCCGCGGCAGCGCAGCCGCUCGGGCCGGCCUCAGUGGGCCGAGUGGUCGGGGCAUUGGGGCUGGUAAGAGAACGGAUGGUUUUGAAGCAUAACGACGGAGGAUGGAGAAGGAUGCUGAAGAAGGCGGCGCCCCCUCUGAGGGAGCAGAGGCUCCUCCCUCCACGGAAGAGGCUGGCCCUCCCCGUUCAGAAGAGGAAGAGGCCCCGCGCCCUCCAACGGUGGAGGCUCCGGCGGAAGAUAAUUUCUCCCUUUCCCCAGAAGAUGAUGUUCCUUCUGUGGUGGAUUAUCGGGAUCUCAUUCCUUCUGAAGAAGGGAUAGUUCUUCCGGGUGAUGAUGAAGCGGAUCUGAAUAGAGUUCGAUCCAGGCUUGCACAGCGACCGGUUCAAUCACUGAUUUCGGAAGUGCUGUCCUCCCAUUCUUCCCGGCGGUCCUCCAGAUACCGCCGGAGUAUGAGUGGCCUUCCCAAUCUGCAGGAAACAUUAAAAGAGAGACAGGCAAGAUUUAGAGAGGCAAGGGAAAGCCGAAGACAGAGAAUUGACCCUUCAUACAAAUAUAUAUUUGAAAUUCUAGCAGGAAAUCUUGGCCUGGACAUUAAUUCUGUGGAAGAAUUAAUUUUGGAUUGUCCAUCUCUGGAAGCAUUUACUAAUUUUUUUGUGAAAGAUGGUUGUAAGACACUGAAAUUUUUGUACCAAGAAGGAGAUGUACCUGGUAUUGAAUGCGGUCGAACUAUUCCUGGAGCAACUAAAGGGGCAAAAAUGAUGAAAUUGUAUAUAGACAAUGCAGCCCCGGAUAAACUAAAAGGACUGUGCAUAUUUUUUGUUCGUUGCCGUAAUGAUGUUGCUAUAAAUGUUAAAACUGUUCAAGAGGAAGCGCUAUUUACUGUUCUGGAUGCAUCGAAAGGACUCUUAAAUGGAAUUAGGGAUAUGUUGGCAAAUAUAUUUCUACCAGCUGUUCUUGCAACAAAUAACUGGGGUGCUUUAAACCAGUCCAAGCAGGGAGAAUCUGAAAAACAUAUUUUCACUGAAACCAUCAACAGAUAUCUUUCAUUUUUAGAUGGUGCUAGAAUAAGUAUUGAGGGAACAGUGAAGUUAAAGACAAUAGACAAUGUUGAUUUUUCCAAACUGCACACCUUUGAAGAAGUAACUGCUGCAGCCAACAAUUCAGAAACUGUUCGUCAGCUAGAGGAAGUGCUGAUGGUAUGGUACAAACAGAUCAAACAGGUACUUAUUGAGAGUGAGCAGAUGAGAAAAGAAGCUGAUGAUGCAGGUCCACUCACUGAACUGGAACACUGGAAACGCAUGUCAGCCAAGUUCAACUAUAUCAUUGAGCAGAUUAAAGGGCCAAGUUGUAAGGCUGUCAUAAAUGUGCUAAAUGUUGCACACUCCAAACUGCUAAAGAAUUGGCGUGAUUUGGAUGCAAGAAUCACUGAUACAGCAAAUGAAUCCAAAGAUAAUGUCAGAUAUUUGUAUACUUUGGAGAAAGUGUGUCAACCUCUCUAUAACCAUGACCUAGUUUCCAUGGCACAUGGAAUACAAAAUUUGAUUAAUGCCAUCAGAAUGAUUCACCGUGUGUCAAGGUAUUAUAAUAUCUCAGAGAGAAUGACCUCAUUGUUUAUCAAGGUAACAAAUCAAAUGGUAACAGCAUGUAAAGCAUAUAUUACUGAUGGAGGAUUAAACCAUGUAUGGGAUCAGGAAACGCCAGUGGUACUAAAGAAAAUUCAGGACUGCAUUUUUCUCUUCAAGGAAUAUCAGACAUCUUUUCAUAAAACAAGGAAACAGAUUUUAGAAUCCUCAGGGGAAAAAUCUUUUGAGGUUUCAGUAAGGUAUAUAUUUGGAAAAUUUGAAGCUUUUUGCAAACGACUGGAGAAGAUUACAGAAAUGAUAACUGUUGUGCAAACAUAUUCAACCUUGAGUAAUUCUACCAUAGAAGGAAUAGAUAUUAUGGCAAUAAAAUUUAGAAAUAUAUACCAAGGGGUUAAGAAAAAGCAAUAUGACAUUCUGGAUCCAAGAAGGACAGAGUUUGACACAGAUUUCUUAGAAUUCAUGACAAAAAUCAAUAGUUUAGAGGUACAAAUACAAGCAUUUAUGAACAGUAGUUUUGGGAAAAUCUUAUCUUCUCAGCAGGCUCUUCAGCUACUUCAAAGAUUUCAGAAGCUGAACAUUCCCUGUCUUCGAUCAGAAAUAAACCACACAAUUGAGCGUAUUCUUCAAUACUAUGUGGCUGAACUCGAUGCUACUAAGAAGCUUUAUCAUUCUCAGAAAGACGACCCCCCUCUUGCUCGCAACAUGCCCCCUAUAGCAGGAAAAAUACUCUGGGUGAGGCAGCUCUAUCGCCGGAUAAGUGAGCCCAUCAAUUAUUUCUUUAAAAACUCAGACAUUUUAUCAAGUCCGGACGGUAAAGCUGUCGUCCGUCAGUAUAACAAGAUCUCCUAUGUGCUGGUGGAAUUCGAGGUGGUCUAUCACACAGCCUGGAUCAGAGAGAUUUCACAGUUACAUUACGCUUUACAAGCCACGCUUUUUGUGCGACAUCCAGAAACAGGGAAGUUGCUGGUUAAUUUUGAUCCCAAAAUUUUGGAAGUUGUUCGGGAAACUAAGUGCAUGAUAAAAAUGAAGUUGGAUGUACCAGAACAGGCAAAGAGGUUGCUAAAAUUGGAAAGUAAAUUGAAAGCAGACAAACUGUAUUUGCAGGGUCUUCUGCAAUAUUAUGAUGAGUUAUGUCAGGAAGUGCCUUCUGUGUUUGUCAAUCUGAUGACCCCUAAAAUGAAAAAGGUGGAAUCUGUGUUGAGGCAAGGACUCACAGUGUUAACGUGGUCGUCUUUAACACUGGAAAGCUUCUUUCAAGAAGUUGAAUCAGUUUUGGAUAUGUUCAAUCAACUUUUAAAGAAGAUCAGUGACUUGUGUGAAAUGCAUAUUGAUACAGUUCUAAAGGAGAUAGCCAAAACUGUGUUGAUUUCUCUGCCUGAAAGUGGUGCUAUCAAAGUAGAAGAGAUGUUGACCCUCAAUGAGACAUACACGAAAGAAUGGGCUGACAUUCUAAACCACAGAAGUAAGCAUGUGGAAGAAGCUGUCAGAGAACUUAUAUCAAUAUUUGAGCAGAUUUAUGAAGUGAAAUACACUGGGAAACUAGCAAAGCAGUCAGAACAGCGGAAACACGUUGUUUUUGGAAGUGAAACAGAAGAGGGUGAAAACAAUGACUAUGAAGCUAAUGUUGUGAAUGAGGUUGAUACUAAUGAUAAAGAAGAUGAAUUUAAAAAGAAGUGUAAAGAGGUCUUUGCUUUUUUCUCUCAUCAAUUACUAGACAGUCUUCAAAAAGCUACACGGUUAUCUCUGGACACAAUGAAAAGAAGAAUAUUUGUUGCAAGCCAUAAUGGGCGAAAGCGAUCAGAAGAUAUUAUUUCCUUUAUAAAAAGUGAAGUACAUCUUGCAAUUCCUAAUGUGGUGAUGAUUCCUAGUUUGGAUGACAUUCAACAAGCCAUUAACCGUAUGAUCCAGUUAACCCUGGAGGUCAGCAGAGGAGUGGCUCACUGGGGGCAACAGCAAAUCCGUCCCAUGAAGUCAGUCAUUCCCAGCCCCACCACUACUGACCUGACCCAUCAAAACACAGGAAAACUGCCGAAGAAGGAAGAAAGAUCUUUUGAAGAAGUUAUUCCUGCAAGAAAGCUGAAGAAUUUUUACACGGGGGUAGCGGAGCACAAGGAUAUUUCUAAGUUGGUCCUGCUCCUUUCUUCCUCUGUAAACUCCCUAAGAAAGGCGGCUCAUGAGGCCCUGCAGGACUUUCAGAAGUACAAGACUCUCUGGACCGACAACCGCGAUGUGAAAGUGAAGGGAUUUUUGGCUAACAACCCCUCUCUGACUGAAAUCAGAUCAGAAAUUCUACGCUAUGCUACUUUUGAACAGGAGAUUGAUGAGUUGAAGCCUAUUAUUGUUGUAGGAGCACUUGAAUUACAUACAGAGCCAAUGAAAUUGGCCUUAUCCAUCGAGGCCAAGGCAUGGAAGAUGUUACUCUGUCGAUACCUGAAUGAAGAAUACAAAAAGAAAAUGUCAGACAUGAUAGCAUUUAUUAAUGAAUACUUGAAAAAGUUAUCUAGACCUAUUCGUGAUUUAGAUGAUGUCAGAUUUGCAAUGGAAGCCUUGUCUUGCAUACGUGAUAAUGAAAUUCAAAUGGACAUGACUUUGGGACCAAUUGAAGAAGCCUAUGCUAUUUUAAACAGAUUUGAAGUUGAAGUAACCAAAGAAGAAUCAGAAGCAGUUGAUACCUUAAGAUAUUCUUUCAACAAAUUGCAGAGCAAAGCUGUUUCUGUACAAGAGGACCUAGUUCAAGUGCAGCCAAAGUUUAAAAGCAAUCUACUUGAAUCUGUGGAAGUUUUUCGUGAGGAUGUGAUAAACUUUGCAGAAGCAUAUGAGUUGGAAGGACCCAUGGUUCCAAAUAUACCACCCCAAGAAGCUAGCAACAGGCUACAGAUAUUUCAGGCCAAUUUUGAUGAUCUGUGGAGGAAAUUUGUUACGUAUUCAUCUGGUGAACAACUUUUUGGAUUGCCUGUGACUGACUAUGAGGUUUUACAAAAAACCAGAAAAGAACUCAACUUGCUGCAGAAGCUGUAUGGAUUGUAUGACACUGUAAUGAGCAGUAUUAGUGGUUAUUAUGAAAUACUUUGGGGAGAUGUAGAUAUUGAAAAAAUUAAUGCAGAACUGCUGGAAUUUCAAAACAGAUGUCGUAAACUUCCAAAAGGACUUAAAGACUGGCAAGCUUUUUUGGAUCUCAGAAAGAGAAUUGAUGAUUUCAGUGAGUCAUGUCCUCUACUGGAAAUGAUGACCAAUAAGGCCAUGAAACAGAGGCACUGGGAUAGAAUCUCCGAAUUAACUGGAACCCCAUUUGAUGUGGAAUCUGAUUCUUUUUGCCUUAGAAAUAUCAUGGAAGCACCACUCCUUAAAAAUAAGGAUGAUAUUGAGGAUAUUUGCAUAUCUGCCAUUAAGGAGAAGGAUAUCGAAGCCAAGCUGACUCAGGUGAUUGAGAAUUGGACCAACCAAAAUCUGAGUUUUGCAGCAUUUAAGGGAAAAGGAGAGCUCCUGCUCAAAGGAACCGAAUCGGGAGAAAUUAUCACUUUGAUGGAGGAUAGUUUAAUGGUCUUAGGGUCCUUACUCAGCAACAGCUGCCAGUCCAGGGAGUUCUUGGUUGAAUUUAUAAAGGUCAAGGUCCUCGGAUGCAUCCUCUGCUUUCAGGGAAUCCUGGCAAAGACUUCAGCAAGUCCUGAUGAUCAAAAAACAGGAGCCAUGCUGUAUGGGGGUAGCAACCCUGGGUCUCUAGCACUGCAGAAACUAGUUGUAGUACCUGAUGAAGCAAAACGUUUUCAGAAUAUUGACAAAUCGUGGAUAAAAAUAAUGCAGCGAGCUCAUGAGAAUCCCAACGUGAUUAAUUGCUGUGUUGGAGAUGAAACCAUGGGACAACUUUUACCUCAUUUACAUGAGCAGUUGGAAGUAUGUCAGAAGUCACUCACAGGGUAUUUGGAGAAGAAACGAUUACUAUUUCCAAGAUUCUUCUUUGUAUCUGAUCCAGUUCUCCUGGAAAUUCUUGGACAAGCCAGUGAUUCCCACACCAUACAGCCGCAUCUCCCUGCAGUAUCUGACAACAUCAAUGAGGUGACAUUUCAUGCAAAAGACUAUGAUCGCAUCAUGGCUGUCAUAUCAAGAGAAGGAGAAAAAAUCGUUUUGGAUAAUUCUGUUAUGGCCAAAGGUCCUGUGGAGAUUUGGCUUCUGGAUUUGUUAAAAAUGCAGAUGUCAUCAUUACAUAAUAUAAUUAGAUCCGCUUUCUAUCAAAUCAGUGAUUCAGGAUUUCAACUCUUACCAUUCCUCAGCCACUUUCCAGCACAGGUUGGACUUCUGGGAAUUCAGAUGUUGUGGACACAUGAUUCAGAAGAGGCUUUACAUAAUGCAAAAGAUGACAGGAAAAUCAUGCAAGUGACCAAUCAGAAAUUUUUGGAUAUUCUAAAUACUCUCAUUAGUCAGACAACACAUGAUCUAAGCAAGUUUGAUAGAGUGAAGUUCGAAACUCUAAUUACUAUCCAUGUGCAUCAGAGAGAUAUAUUUGAUGACUUGGUAAAAAUGCAUAUCAGAUCACCUACUGAUUUUGAAUGGUUAAAACAGAGUAGAUUUUAUUUUAAGGAAGAUUUGGAUCAAACUGUAGUGUCUAUUACAGAUGUUGAUUUUAUUUACCAAAAUGAAUUUCUGGGAUGUACUGAUCGCCUUGUUAUCACUCCAUUAACAGACAGAUGCUAUAUCACGUUAGCUCAGGCCUUGGGCAUGAACAUGGGAGGCGCUCCCGCGGGACCUGCCGGCACUGGCAAAACAGAAACCACAAAAGACAUGGGAAGGUGUUUGGGAAAAUAUGUGGUCGUGUUCAACUGCUCGGAUCAAAUGGAUUUCAGAGGCCUAGGAAGGAUUUUCAAAGGUCUUGCACAGUCAGGUUCCUGGGGCUGCUUUGAUGAGUUUAACAGAAUUGAAUUGCCUGUGUUAUCAGUGGCAGCACAACAAAUUUAUAUUGUUUUGACAGCAAGAAAAGAGAGAAAGAAACAGUUCAUUUUUUCUGAUGGUGAUUGUGUUGAUUUAAAUCCAGAAUUUGGAAUCUUCUUAACGAUGAACCCUGGAUAUGCUGGGCGCCAGGAACUACCAGAAAACCUAAAAAUCCAGUUUAGAACUGUUGCUAUGAUGGUUCCUGAUAGACAGAUCAUUAUGAGAGUUAAACUUGCAAGCUGUGGUUUUCUUGAAAACGUUAUCUUGGCUCAAAAAUUUUAUGUUCUUUACAAACUCUGUGAAGAGCAACUUACUAAACAGGUUCAUUAUGACUUUGGAUUGAGAAAUAUUCUGUCUGUAUUGAGGACUCUUGGAUCUCAAAAAAGAGCCAGACCAGAAGAUAGUGAAUUAAGCACUGUCAUGAGAGGGCUAAGAGAUAUGAACCUUUCUAAACUGGUUGAUGAAGAUGAACCCCUGUUCCUCAGCUUAAUCAAUGACCUGUUCCCGGGACUGCAACUGGAUAGUAAUACUUAUGUGGAACUGCAAAAAGCAGUAGCCAAUCAGGUUCAGAUAGAGGGUUUGAUUAACCAUCCACCCUGGAACCUGAAACUCGUGCAGUUAUAUGAGACGUCUUUGGUACGACAUGGCUUGAUGACUCUUGGGCCCAGUGGUUCUGGAAAGACAAGCGUUAUCACGAUUCUAAUGAAAGCGCAAACAGAAUGCGGAAGGCCUCACAGAGAAAUGCGAAUGAAUCCAAAAGCCAUUACUGCACCUCAGAUGUUUGGCAGACUGGACACUGCUACCAAUGACUGGACAGAUGGCAUUUUUUCUACUCUGUGGAGAAAAACAUUAAAAGCUAAAAAAGGUGAAAACAUUUUCCUCAUUUUAGAUGGUCCUGUGGAUGCCAUCUGGAUUGAGAACUUAAAUUCCGUUUUGGAUGACAAUAAAACUCUGACGUUAGCUAAUGGAGAUCGCAUUCCCAUGGCCCCUAGUUGCAAGCUUCUGUUUGAAGUCCACAAUAUUGAGAACGCCUCUCCUGCCACGGUUUCUAGGAUGGGCAUGGUCUAUAUCAGCAGCUCUGCUCUCAGCUGGAAGCCAAUCUUACAGGCAUGGUUGAAGAAGCGCACUGCACAGGAAGCUGCUGUAUUCCUGACACUGUAUGAGAAAACCUUUGAAGAUACAUACACAUAUAUGAAACUAAAUCUCAAUCCCAAAAUGCAGCUCUUGGAGUGCAACUAUAUUGUGCAAUCUCUCAAUCUUCUGGAAGGGUUAAUUCCCUCCAAAGAGGAAGGCGGUGUUUCCUGUGUCGAACAUCUUCAUAAAUUAUUUGUGUUUGGCCUAAUGUGGAGUUUAGGAGCCCUUCUGGAAUUGGAAAGCAGAGAAAAGCUCGAAGCCUUCUUACGGCAGCAUGAAAGCAAGUUGGACUUACCAGAAAUACCUAAAGGCUCAAAUCAAACCAUGUAUGAGUUUUAUGUUACUGAUUAUGGUGAUUGGGAGCACUGGAAUAAGAAACUUCAGCCUUUUUAUUAUCCAACUGACAGUAUUCCAGAAUAUUCAUCAAUUUUGGUUCCAAAUGUUGACAAUGUUAGAACAAAUUUUUUGAUAGACACCAUUGCAAAACAAUAUAAAGCUGUUUUGCUCACAGGAGAGCAGGGAACUGCAAAAACUGUCAUGAUUAAGGCCUAUCUGAAAAAAUAUGAUCCUGAAGUACAGCUAUCCAAAAGUCUAAACUUUUCAUCUGCCACAGAACCAGUGAUGUUUCAGAGAACAAUUGAAAGCUAUGUGGAUAAGCGAAUGGGAAGCACAUACGGGCCACCAGGAGGGAGAAAAAUGACUGUAUUUAUUGAUGAUAUUAAUAUGCCUGUGAUUAAUGAGUGGGGAGAUCAGAUAACUAAUGAGAUUGUGCGACAGAUGAUGGAAAUGGAAGGAAUGUACAGCUUGGACAAGCCUGGAGACUUCACUACUAUUGUUGAUGUGCAGCUCAUAGCAGCAAUGAUCCACCCUGGAGGUGGUCGAAAUGAUAUUCCACAGCGUUUAAAAAGACAGUUUACUGUGUUUAAUUGUACAUUGCCUUCAAAUGCUUCAAUAGACAAAAUUUUUGGAAUUAUUGGAUGUGGAUACUUUGAUCCUUGUAGAAGUUUCAAGCCUCAAAUAUGUGAGAUGAUUGUGAAUUUAGUCUCAGUGGGCAGAGUGCUGUGGCAAUGGACUAAGGUAAAGAUGCUGCCAACUCCUUCUAAAUUUCAUUACAUCUUCAAUCUUCGAGAUCUUUCCAGAAUUUGGCAAGGAAUGUUGACCAUAAAAGCUGAGGAGUGCGCUUCAAUCCCUACUCUCCUGUCCCUUUUCAAACAUGAGUGCAACAGAGUAAUAGCGGACAGAUUUGUAACUCCUGAAGAUGAGCAGUGGUUUAACACACAUCUUAUUCAUGCAGUUGAAGAAAAUAUUGGCUCUGAUGCAGCGUCGUGCAUUCUUCCUGAACCAUACUUUGUGGAUUUUCUCCGUGAGAUGCCGGAACCAACUGGCGAUGAACCUGAAGACACUGUGUUUGAAGUACCCAAAAUAUAUGAAUUGGUGCCAUCCUUUGACUUUCUGGCUGAAAAACUCCAGUUUUACCAGAGACAGUUCAAUGAAAUCAUUAGAGGAACAUCUCUUGAUCUGGUGUUUUUUAAAGAUGCAAUGACUCAUCUUAUUAAGAUUUCACGAAUAAUUCGAACAUCAUGUGGAAAUGCAUUGCUGGUGGGUGUUGGUGGCUCCGGAAAACAAAGUCUUUCAAGAUUGGCCUCUUUUAUUGCUGGCUAUCAAAUAUUCCAGAUAACAUUAACCAGGUCUUACAAUGUGACUAAUCUAACAGAUGAUUUAAAAUCUUUGUACAAAAUUGCUGGUGCUGAUGGAAAAGGCAUCACUUUCAUCUUUACUGACAAUGAAAUAAAAGAUGAGGCAUUUCUAGAAUACCUUAACAACUUGCUAUCUUCAGGGGAGAUCUCCAAUUUGUUUGCACGAGAUGAGAUGGAUGAAAUCACCCAAGGUCUGAUUUCAGUGAUGAAGAGGGAACUGCCUCGCCAUCCUCCUACCUUUGAUAAUUUGUAUGAAUACUUCAUUUCAAGAUCAAGGAAGAACUUACAUGUUGUUCUCUGCUUUUCUCCAGUUGGUGAGAAGUUCCGUGCCCGUUCUUUGAAAUUUCCUGGCUUGAUAUCAGGUUGCACUAUGGACUGGUUCAGCCGCUGGCCGAGGGAGGCUCUGAUUGCUGUGGCCUCCUACUUCCUUUCAGACUAUAAUAUUGUCUGCUCUAGUGAAAUUAAAAGACAAGUUGUAGAAACAAUGGGCCUGUUUCAUGACAUGGUUUCAGAGAGCUGUGAAAGUUAUUUCCAAAGAUACCGCCGAAGAGCACAUGUGACUCCCAAAUCGUACCUCUCAUUUAUAAAUGGUUAUAAAAACAUUUAUGCUGAAAAGGUGAAAUUCAUUAAUGAACAAGCUGAACGUAUGAAUAUUGGUCUUGAUAAACUAAUGGAGGCAAGUGAAUCUGUUGCUAAACUGUCUCAGGAUCUUGCAGUCAAGGAGAAGGAGUUGGCAGUGGCUUCCAUAAAAGCAGAUGAAGUAUUAGCAGAAGUCACAGUAAGCGCUCAGGCUUCAGCCAAAAUUAAAAAUGAAGUACAGGAGGUAAAAGACAAAGCCCAAAAAAUUGUGGAUGAAAUUGAUAGUGAAAAAGUAAAAGCUGAAAGCAAGCUCGAGGCAGCUAAACCUGCAUUGGAAGAAGCAGAAGCAGCCCUGAAUACUAUCAAGCCAAAUGAUAUUGCCACAGUCAGGAAACUUGCAAAACCACCACAUCUUAUUAUGAGAAUCAUGGACUGUGUUCUGUUACUAUUUCAAAAGAAAAUUGACCCUGUUACUAUGGAUCCAGAAAAACCUUGCUGCAAGCCAUCAUGGGGAGAGUCAUUAAAGUUGAUGAGUGCAACAGGAUUCCUGUGGAACCUUCAGCAGUUCCCUAAGGACACUAUAAAUGAAGAGACUGUUGAGCUACUACAGCCAUAUUUUAAUAUGGAUGAUUAUACUUUUGAAAGUGCCAAAAAAGUCUGUGGGAAUGUGGCUGGUCUCCUGUCUUGGACACUUGCUAUGGCAAUAUUUUAUGGCAUCAAUAGAGAAGUGUUGCCUCUGAAGGCCAACCUGGCCAAGCAGGAAGGCCGGUUAGCAGUUGCUAAUGCUGAGUUAGGGAAGGCACAAGCCCUGCUGGAUGAGAAGCAAGCUGAGCUGGAUAAAGUACAGGCAAAAUUUGAUGCAACAAUGAAUGAGAAAAUGGAUUUGCUUAAUGAUGCUGAUAUGUGCCGGAAAAAGAUGCAGGCCGCCUCCACUCUCAUCGAUGGGCUGAGUGGAGAAAAAAUCCGAUGGACCCAGCAAAGUAAAGAAUUCAAAGCUCAGAUUAAUAGACUUGUAGGUGAUAUUCUGCUGUGCACGGGAUUCCUUUCCUACCUUGGUCCUUUCAAUCAGAUAUUUAGGAACUAUUUGCUUAAAGAUCAAUGGGAAAUGGAGUUGAGAGCACGGAGAAUUCCUUUCACAGAAAACCUGAAUCUUAUUUCAAUGUUGGUGGAUCCUCCAACCAUUGGUGAGUGGGGGCUACAGGGAUUACCAGGAGAUGAUCUCUCAAUUCAGAAUGGCAUUAUUGUGACAAAGGCCACCAGAUACCCACUCCUCAUAGACCCACAAACUCAAGGCAAAACUUGGAUUAAAUCAAAGGAAAAAGAAAAUGAUUUGCAGGUGACAUCUCUGAACCAUAAAUAUUUUCGCACACACUUGGAGGACAGCCUUUCCUUGGGCCGACCCCUUCUCAUUGAGGACAUUCGUGAAGAGCUGGAUCCCGCCUUGGAUAAUGUAUUAGAAAAGAAUUUUAUUAAAUCUGGCACCACUUUCAAGGUGAAAGUCGGUGAUAAGGAAUGUGAUAUCAUGGAUACGUUUAAACUUUACAUUACUACAAAGUUACCAAACCCUGCCUUUACCCCAGAGAUUAACGCUAAAACAUCAGUCAUUGAUUUCACUGUUACAAUGAAAGGACUUGAGAAUCAGUUACUAAGGAGAGUAAUUCUAACAGAGAAACAGGAGUUAGAGUCUGAGAGGGUUAAACUUUUGGAGGAUGUUACUUUUAAUAAGCGGAAGAUGAAAGAACUUGAAGAUAACCUCCUCUAUAAAUUAAGUGCUACAAAAGGCUCACUGGUAGAUGACGAAUCUCUCAUUGGUGUACUUCGAACUACCAAGCAGACAGCAGCUGAGGUAAGUGAAAAGUUGCAUGUGGCUGCAGAAACUGAGAUCAAGAUCAACGCGGCUCAGGAGGAGUUCCGGCCCGCAGCCACCCGCGGAAGCAUCCUCUACUUCCUCAUCACAGAGAUGAGCAUGGUCAACAUCAUGUAUCAGACGUCACUGGCCCAGUUCUUGAAGUUAUUUGACCAGUCCAUGGCCAGAUCUGAAAAGUCACCACUACCUCAAAAGAGAAUUACAAAUAUUAUUGAGUUCCUGACAUAUGAAGUUUUUAUAUACUCUGUCAGAGGUCUAUACGAAAACCACAAAUUCCUGUUUGUACUUCUCAUGACCUUAAAAAUUGACCUUCAGAGAGGGACAGUUAAGCACAGAGAGUUUCAAGCUCUCAUUAAAGGAGGAGCAGCUCUGGACCUGAAAGCCUGCCCUCCCAAGCCCUAUCGCUGGAUCCUUGACAUGACGUGGCUGAAUCUUGUGGAGCUGAGUAAACUUCCACAAUUUGCAGAAAUUAUGAACCAGAUAUCUCGUAAUGAGAAGGGGUGGAAAAGCUGGUUUGAUAAAGACGCUCCAGAGGAGGAAAUUAUCCCUGAUGGUUAUAACGAUUCACUAGAUACCUGCCAUAAACUUUUACUUAUCAGGUCAUGGUGCCCAGACCGUACUGUUUUUCAAGCAAGAAAGUAUAUUGCAGAUUCUUUGGAGGAGAAGUACACGGAACCAGUUAUCUUAAAUCUGGAGAAAACCUGGGAAGAAAGUGAUACCCGGACACCUCUGAUAUGCUUCCUGUCCAUGGGAUCUGACCCCACCAAUCAAAUUGAUGCAUUGGCCAAGAAACUGAAACUGGAAUGUAGAACUAUCUCAAUGGGGCAAGGACAAGAAGUACAUGCUCGAAAGCUGAUUCAGAUGUCAAUGCAGCAGGGUGGUUGGGUAUUACUACAAAAUUGCCACCUUGGCCUGGAAUUCAUGGAAGAAUUACUAGAGACACUAAUUACCACUGAAGCCAGUGAUGAUUCUUUCCGAGUAUGGAUAACUACGGAGCCUCAUGAUCGAUUUCCAAUUACAUUGCUUCAGACCUCUCUCAAAUUCACUAAUGAGCCACCCCAAGGUGUACGCGCAGGUUUGAAAAGAACAUUUGCAGGAAUUAAUCAGGACCUUCUGGACAUCAGUAAUUUACCCAUGUGGAAGCCGAUGCUUUACACAGUAGCAUUUUUACACUCCACCGUGCAGGAGCGACGAAAGUUUGGCCCCUUAGGAUGGAAUAUUCCCUACGAAUUCAAUUCCGCUGACUUUUCAGCCAGUGUUCAGUUUAUUCAGAAUCACCUUGAUGAAUGUGAUAUUAAAAAAGGUGUAUCAUGGAAUACGGUUCGGUACAUGAUCGGAGAAGUACAAUACGGAGGCAGAGUGACAGAUGACUUUGACAAACGUCUACUUAAUUGCUUUGCCAGAGUCUGGUUCAGUGAGAAGAUGUUUGAACCGUCAUUCUGCUUUUAUACUGGAUAUAAAAUCCCUGUGUGCAAAACCUUAGACCAGUAUUUUGAAUACAUCCAGUCACUGCCAUCCUUAGAUAACCCUGAAGUCUUUGGGCUUCACCCUAAUGCUGAUAUCACGUAUCAGAGUAACACUGCUUCUGCUGUUCUUGAAACAAUUACCAACAUUCAACCCAAAGAGAGUGGAGGUGGUGUGGGAGAGACCCGGGAGGCCAUUGUUUAUAGAUUAUCUGAAGAUAUGCUGAGUAAACUCCCUCCUGAUUACAUUCCUCAUGAGGUGAAAUCUCGUUUGAUAAAGAUGGGCCAUCUUAAUUCAAUGAAUAUAUUUCUUAGACAAGAAAUUGACAGAAUGCAGAGAGUCAUUUCAAUACUCCGCAGUAGCCUGAGUGAUCUAAAAUUGGCCAUUGAAGGAACAAUCAUUAUGAGUGAGAACCUGAGAGAUGCUCUGGACAACAUGUAUGAUGCUCGUAUACCUCAGCUCUGGAAAAGAGUGUCUUGGGAUUCGUCCACACUGGGCUUCUGGUUCACUGAACUUUUGGAAAGAAAUGCUCAGUUUUCUACGUGGAUAUUUGAAGGGAGGCCUAAUGUGUUUUGGAUGACUGGUUUUUUUAAUCCCCAAGGCUUCCUCACAGCAAUGAGGCAAGAAGUGACCCGUGCCCACAAAGGCUGGGCACUGGACUCUGUGACCAUCCACAAUGAAGUUCUGAGACAGACCAAGGAGGAGAUCACGUCACCCCCUGGAGAAGGUGUGUAUAUUUAUGGGCUGUACAUCGAUGGAGCAGCCUGGGACAGACGGAAUGGGAAGCUCACGGAAUCCACCCCCAAGGUACUCUUCGCGCAGUUACCCGUGCUCCACAUCUUUGCCAUUAACUCCACGGCACCCAAGGACCCCAAGCUGUAUGUGUGUCCUGUUUACAAGAAACCCAGGCGAACUGAUUUGACCUUCAUCACUGUGGUAUAUUUGCGAACAGUGUUGUCCCCGGAUCACUGGAUCCUGAGAGGAGUGGCCCUUUUGUGUGACAUCAAGUAAGUUCAUUUCCAUCUGCUGAGGGCACCAGAAGCCACAUAGGCAGCCUGUGCUAUUGAGGGACUCAGUGAUGUGCGUGUCUUUUCUCCCCAAUAAUUACUUAAUUACUCUUCCUAAAUUAAAAAGUUGAUGUUUUCAAAUUGCUGGUGUGUGUGUGUGUUUUCCUCACAUAUCAAUAUUCAAAAAGAUCACUCUAAACGAAUGUUUUUUAUUCUGGGAAAUCAUAUUUCAUUUUAAUUACUUUUCAAAGAUAAAACCCUGUCUGGAUGUUAGAACACUUUGGAAGCUCUGCAUUUUAAAAAUUUUGAAAGUGUUGAUAUAUCCUAAAAAGAGCCUAGUAGUUGAAAACUUUUCCCUCAAGUAGGUACCAGUUUCCCUUGAAUAAAAUCUAGCCAUGUCUGUGUUUG